AUGGGAAUGAUUUUUACUACGCUUUGGCAAAAGUUGUAGCGUAAAGAUAAAGAAUACAAAAUUAUCAUAGUUGGUCUUCAUAAUGCUGGAAAAACAACUAUCCUUUAUAAAUUAGCCUUGAACGAAGUUAUAGUAACACAGCCAACUAUAGGCUCUAACGUUGAAGAAGUUUCGCAUCGAAAUGUUAAGCUCUAGGUCUGGGAUUUAGGAGGUUAAGAAAAUCUAAGAUCAGCUUGGGAUGCCUAUUAUCAAGGAGCAGAAGCAGUAAUUUAUGUGGUAGAUGCAGCUGAUGAUUCCUAGCAAAGUUUAGUGUCAAAGAUGGAGUUUUUCAAUCUUUUAAUUCACAAUGAUUUGAAGGAUGCAGUCAUUUUAGUAUUUGCAAAUAAGAUAGAUCUUCCUACUGCAAUGAAUGCUGCUCAAAUUACAGAGCUUUUUUCAUUGCAUGAAAUUAAAAAUCAUGAGUGGUUCAUUUAAGGAUGCUGUGCAUUAACUGGUGAGGGUCUAGAGGAUGGAUUAAACUGGUUAACAUCUAAGCUUAGCUAGAAACACAAAUUAAAAGCCAGUAGUACAUCAGGAAAAGAUGGGGCUUAUGUUACUAAAUUGCCUGACCAUGACAAAAGAGCAAAGCUGACAGAUCUAACAAUGGAGGACUAAGAUCCAAGAAGCUCAAGAAAUGGAAAAGAAAUAAUUGAUCUAGAGUCUAGCUAGAGGUCAAUAAAAAAUAAGAAGUACUAUCAUGAAGAAGAAAAAUAGUGA